GCGGCCUAUAAUGGACAGUGGUGGUGCAUAUUAUAUUUGUUAGCAAAUUUUCUCGAAUAAGAGAUUUGUAUAAAUUUAAUUUAACGUAGUUGAAAGAUUCUUCAAUACAUAUAAUAUGAUUCGUGAGAAAACUGGAGAGUUUUAAAAGACUUGCGGUUUUGAUUUUUUUUUAUCUUUGUUCCGAGUGUAAAGUGUCGAUUCGCCGAUCUGUGGCCAUAUUUCUCUGAUAUAUUCGAUAAAAAGUUGAUCCAUGUUUCUUAAUAUUCACAUUAAAUGAGCCACAACAGCGCCUACAGUCAAAAAUUAAGAAGAAACUGGAUGAAUAGUUGGCUGUCAGAUGCGAAAAGCAGACCAUCCGGAUUAGGCACCUUAAGUGCCAAAAUUAGGUGAUGGAUUCCAGUGGUCCAUGGUACACAUCGUAUAACCGCCUAAGUACAGGAAGUGCUGCCGGUACUUUUCAAGCAACAAGUGCAAAUAGUGAAUUUGCUAAUCAAAAUUUAGUGAAUAGUCAGGCAGCUCCUCCUGCAACGACUUCUCAACUAAUUUUACAAGCGGCUCAUACAACUGCAACUCUGGCGGGACAACCAUCACCUUUUAAUCCAGGGGGAUUUCUUUCUCCACCCCCUGCGAGUUACGAUGUCUUCUCACCUUUAUUCCACCACAGCAAUUCGAAACAAGCCCACUAUGCCACUCAACACAGACAAGUACUUGCUCAAAAUCAAACCGUCAUUGGUAUUAAACAAACUUCUCCCGAAAGUGAUAUUUCAAAUCUCAGAGAAAAUUACAGUGCCGCACAUCAAUCAAACUUUUUCGAACAUCAAACAUCCUCUACAUCGCCAACUGCUUCCACUUUGGCAUGGACUCAUCAAAAUAAUUCACAACUACCCAGUCCUUUUGGCAUUCUGCCACACGAAAGCGUUUCCUCAUCUCCAGGACCACCCUCCACAAAGUCUGUCUCAACCUACGAUAAUUCCUUCAAUACUCAUUUUGUAAGUGGACAACCAAUUAAUAAUCUAAAUUCCCCCAUUGUCUCCGGGACAAAUUACGACAAGAAAGGCACCAGGUCCCCCUCCCCCGUCUCUUCCAUUAAAUCCACAGUCACUUCUGCACAAACAUUUUUCCAUCAAUUACCAACCAAUUACAGUUCCGAUACACUUUCGAAUAAUUAUUCAACCAACAACAAUCAGCCUUCUGCCAAAGUUCAAACACCUUUGCCCCAUCAGUCUUGCAUUGUCUCAACUUCGCGAACAGCACCGUCAACUAUUUUUAUCAACUCUGCGGCAAGAUCAGCUAAUGAAAAACAGAGAACCAAUUUCUCUCUGCAAAACAAAACUACAUCUCAGCAGGCAAAUCAAACGAAAGGAAAAAUUUAUAGUGAGGUUACCAAUCGCAAUGAGCAACAUGAAAAUAGUCAAUCGUCGCCGAUCAGUUUCUCCAUUAUGGAUUCGAGAAACAUUAACUAUACGAACUCUGGUUGUAAUAAUGGGAGUAACAAGAUUCCCCAGAGGACAGGAAAUCUUCAUAAUCAACAAUUUCACGUUUUGAAUCAACAAGUUCAUUUCGAAUCGACAACUCCCUACAGACACUACUCGGCGGGUUCGACGAGCGAUUCGGAGUACCACCAUCCUGGAAGAUCAAAAUCCACGGCCUCUACCGACAGCGCCUACUCGUCCAACACCUCCACUCAAAAUGGACCAGACUGCGGAGUUGUCGUCCCCAGGAGACCGAGUCCCCUUCAAGCGCACUCACAGGCUAGUCCCUUGGGUCACGUGCCAAGUCCCGCUUAUCCAAUGUACAACAGUCCGAUGGCAACCAUUUCCUCUCCGUCGCCCCUUCAGCAGCACAACGACAGCAACAGCGGAGCUCCGCCCUACAAAACCGGACUACAACAACAAAUAACUCCGCCAUCGCCCUUGGAUGUCACCGUCCCGAGACCGUCCCCCCAGAGUCAAGUGGCCUACUCUUCAGUCAUCACUCGAGCCCUAGGCGCCAACGAAAUCAAAACUUACAACGCGGAAAAAACCUUCGAGAGACAAACCUUAGAGCGACAGGACUCUGUCUUCCAAAAGCAACAGAUCUGCAACUGGGAGAGUGAAAAUCGUGCUCCUAGAAAAUACGAUUCCUACGAAACCAGCUCGAACCAACUCCCUGGUCUGCACGAGACCCACCGAGUCACUACUCUACCAGAACGACAGCAAAAUUACUUCGACGCCUCUCAACUCCCCCUGCAGGACUUAAGCAGCUGCCGAGGAGAUCCCAUGAGCAUUGUCAAAAAUCUCCAAACUGUCUGUCAACAAGCUUCUCCGUCUGUUGUCACCGCUUCGAGCAUUGAUCAAGUAAAACAAAUCGACGAGCGACGAAAAACAGAAUCACCGACAAAGAAAAAGAAAGAAAAGAACGAAAGUCCCUCCGGCGCCGUGGUCACAGAGUACUUAAACCGAAUCCCACCUCCAGCCCAUCUUAACACUAAUAAUCAGCAACAAAACGGUUAUUUCGAAUUCGAACGAUGGAAUUUACCACCCCCACACUCGAAAAUGUUCCCCUCAAGUUCCUUUCCCACCCAAGCACCAUUACACUCGACGAAUUUCGUCCCCAAUCCACCCCAUCAAUCACUGAUCACCCAUCAUACUCCCCCUCUCACCUAUUUUCCCACUUUUCACAUCUCUCCCAAUCAUCAUCCCCACGAAUUUGUCGAAAAUCUCCCGCCACUCGCUCUCGGAGAACCACAAACCACCCACUAUCCCGAACUUCGUGAUGAUAAACCAAAAGUAAUAGUUCCCGACAUUGAGGAAGAACUCGGAUUUUUACAACAGGACGAAAUGAUGACAAAUAAUCAAAAUGUCAACGAUCCGAAAAGGGGAAAAGAACCCAACACGGGUUUUAUGACGAGUUACCUCAAGUUUCUACAGGGAGACAGGGAUCCAUCGCCGGAGAAUUCGUUGAAAAGUGGGAGAAAAGCGUCUUGGAAUAGAUCGAAACCGUAUAUUCCUCCGGAACCGGUGAUAAGAACGAGUGAGGGAGGAAUGAAUGGGGAUGGUUACAAGAGUCAGAGUCAGAAAAUGAAGGAGAUACCGCAGAUUGACUAUGCGAAUGAUCCUAGGUAUUUUCCGCUACCAAAGGAGAGGAAGAAUAAGAAUUUCGAUUCUAGUGAUGGGGGAUUUAGUAGUGAUGAUGAUUUUCCGUUUAGUAUGAAGAAAAGUGAGAAGAAGAAUAAUAAUAUUGCUGCUACUGCUGCUGCUACGAAUGCAAGUGCUGGUGGUGCUACUGCUACUGGUGGAGGUUCGAAUGUUCCGAAAAGUGAGGUCAAGGCGAAGAAAGGAAGACCUAUUAAACCUGGAGGUCCGACUGAUAGGAAGAGAAAAGCGGCUGCCGCUGCUGCUGCGGCUGCUGCAGCUGGAAUUCCGAUAGUGACGAAAACGAAAAAAACUGCGAAUUCCUUGGCAUUACCACCAAGACGGGAAACAACGCGACGAAAAGCGAAGGAAAAGUCGUCUGUGAAAAAACUACUGGAUCAACAGCAAGGCAUUGAUUACUAUGAUAAUGAUGAGGAAUUGGGUGAUUCAGACUCUGAUCCGGCCUGGACUCCGGCCGCGAAACUUGCUGGCGAUGAGGAGGACAAGCGGAAAAAACGAGGCAGACCUGUAAUUAGUAAAAGAUCGCGAAAAGUUAUGGAUGAGGAUGGAUAUUCAUCUGGUGAUUUGUCCGUUCCCAAGAAGAGCGGAAGGAAGAAACACGAUGUACACUCACGACAUUCGAAUAGCCAUAAAAAUUCUUCCAGAAGUGAUGAAAAAUCACUAGCUGCUGUCAGUGAUGAAGAUAUAGAUAUUUCACCAUUUAAGCGUUCGAUGAAUGAUGCAGAUGAUUGGUCUGGAGAAUUUGUUGUCAUGAAAGCUGAUUUAGAUGAAGAAUUUCCACCACUUUGGAGAAUUGACGGAAAAACGCUACUUCAGAAAUACGAGCCAUUCAAAUCCAAUGGAAAGACUUUCUAUCGAAAUAUAUCUACUUACUCUGGAUGGUCACCGCAAAAUCGUAAUACUUAUCAGCAAGUUCCAGUUAAAUUUUGGCAGCAAGAUAAACUCGAAACUGUAGUCGAAUUUCUGAGAGAAGAAAUGAUUGUUGAGGAUAGCGAAUUCAUUGAUAAGUGUAUGAAAGAAACUGAAAAGUAUCAAGAUAAUUUUGAAGUUUACAUUCAAACUUUAAUAUCUCAGGCAUUGGAUUCGAAUUUCCUGACAGAAAUAUUCCAAGAACAAGAUGAUUACUUCUUGUCGAAUGUAAAAACUGUUGAUGACGUAACGGAGGAAAGAAAGCAGCGUUUAUUGUCAACCACUAAGUGGCGUUCAAAUGUCAUAACGGCCGUUUCAACGUGGCCAUGCUUAAAUAUUCUUAAAGAUUUGCCGCAGUCUGAAUAUAAAGGAAAACUUUGCGCUGGUUGCGAAAAUGAUAAAGUAAACACCAGAGUUUUACUCUAUGGACAACCAUAUAAUGGAACUACUUUGGAAGGUUCACCACUUGAUCCAAAAGUUAUUCAAGAAAAGGAUUUCUUGUUCUGUCGAACCUGUCAAACGAAAAUCGCACUUUUUAAUAAGGUAGCGCAUCAGAAAUAUAUUAUGUUUUUGGAAUGUGCAAGAAGAGUGGGCGACAAGAGAGUUGCAGAUCCGCACAAAGAUACAACCAUAAUACUUAAUGAACUUCUGGCCGACGAAUCGUGGUUAAAUCAGUUAUUUAAAGAAGUGAGAAGAAUCUGGGCCGAAAUCGACGGAAUUCAUUAUCACUUUAUGAAAAUAAAAAAUAUAGUAUCUGGUAGUAAUGUUAACUCCUCAAAUUCUGUUUUUGAAGCAGUUGAAGGAUUAAAUGCAACUUCCAAUUUACAGUUACCUGCUCAAAAUGUGAACUGUAUUCCACAAAGCUUUACUCAAAUUUUAAAUGAAACAGAAAUGUCAUAGUGGUGCUAAACUAGAUUGAACAAUUCAGUCAUUAAACAUUUUUUUUUAUUGAACGCUCUCAAUGUGCACUUAAAAAGGGCAAAAAAAAAAACUGUGAAUAAACAUUUUUGGUAAUGAAGCAUAAUCGAGAAUGAAAAUUAUAGACUAUAAGUUGUAAAGAAAAAGAAAAAAAAAGCAUAAAGGCACACCGAACAUAUGUAAUAUACGCACUACUUCGUAAUAAUUAAACUUAUGCCCAAGUUUCGCCAUUACAAUAGUUUAUUUUCUGCGAAGAAUUUCGCAAAAUAUAGUGUGUGAAUAUAGAAAUAAAAUUCAGUAGAUAUUUGUAUUGCUUCAAAGCAAAAAAAAAUUGUGAAUUCAAAAAUUCUCUGGAAAGUUUACAUAAGCGUUUAAGGUUUCAAGUGAUAUAGACUAAAGUUAUGAUAAUUUCUGUUCAACAUGAACUGCAGAUUUCUUUUCACAUUUCUUUUAUUUGAUUAACUAAUUUUUGUUGUCAACAAUAAUUUAUUUUUUUAAUUUUCGUUUAAUUUCAUAUGAGAGAUUAAAAUUUUCCUCGAUAAGAAAUACCUGUUUAUUU